AUGGACGUCGACCAGCCUACGUCCUCGGCCGCGGCCAACCCCCUCGCCUUCCUAGAGCAGCAGGAGGCUGCUGCUCCCCCCUCCCUCCAGCCGGCGUGGACAGAGAUCCGCACGGCAUACGAGAAGAAGCUGUGGCAUAACCUGACCGUCGCGCUGCUCAAGUUUGUCGCCCUUCCCGGAUCGGGAUCGGCCCAGAUCGAGCUGUUCGACAAGUUCAUCACCAGCAUCGAGGACAAGAUUAAUGCUCUCCGUCUGGUUGAGAUUGCGCGCCGUGUUGGGCGCGAGUACGCCGAGCCAGAGCUCACUCUCAAGUUCCUCGAGAACGUGCACUCCCGCCUUGGCUCGCCGUACCCCGUCGAGGCAACUGAUGAUGCACCUGCACAGCCUGCGCCUGCUCGCCCUGUUCCCGAGGCGUUUGUGCUUUCGCUGAGCGCGCUCGCGUACGCCCAGCUCCUGCUCGGCGACCUGUCAGGUUGCAAGAAGCGUCUCGACGAGUGCGACAAGCUCCUCAAUGAACAGGACACCGUCGAGCCACUCGUUUACGCGGGAUACUAUGGCGUUGCGGCCGACUACUACAAGGUCAAGGCCGACUAUGGACCGUACUACAAGAGCGCGCUGCUGUACCUCGCGUGCGUGGAUGAGAAGGAGCUGAGCGACGAGGACCGCCGGGCGCGCGCACACGACCUGUGCAUUGCCGCGCUCCUCGGUGACACGAUCUACAACUUUGGCGAACUGUUGCAACACCCGAUCCUGCAGACGCUGGACGGCGACUACACGUGGAUCAAGGAGCUUAUUUCUGCGUUCAACGCCGGCGCGAUUGGCAAGUUUGACAGCCUGUCGAACCACUUUGGUGCCGAGCCUAUUCUCGAGGAGAGCCGCGCGUUCCUGCGCCAGAAGAUCUGCCUUAUGGCUCUAAUCCAGGCUGCGUUUGAGCGUCCGCGUGACGGCAAGACGCGCCUCAUGACGUUUGAGCAGAUUGGCGAGGCGACGCGCCUGCCGGUCCACGAGGUCGAGCACCUGAUUAUGAAGGCGCUUUCUCUGGGCCUCAUCCGCGGCUCGCUGGACCAGGUCGCCAGCACGGUCGACCUCGCAUGGGUCCAGCCUCGCGUGCUCGAGGGCAGCCAGCUCGACACGCUCGGCGAGCAGUUUGGGCACUGGACCGACGCGGUGGGCCAGACGGCCAACGGCGUUGCGGGGCUCGAGGCGGGCGUGGGACUCAAUGGCGUUACGCAUGCGCUCGCGGCAUAG